UAUUGUUUUUAUUCGAUAAUUAAUUAUUAUAUUAUAUUAUAUUAUAAAACCAUUUUAAGUCCAUUCAUGACGAAUCUCCAGUCCAGGGUUAACAACUCUCCACAUACAUGCGUGUUGAGGCGCAGCGCAACCGACCUUCAAUCCGCCAAGUCAUCCAUAUUCCUCAUUUCAUUGGCUGCGAUUGAAUUACCGCAUUCCUUAACGCGUCUCUGAUUGGUUGUCUUACCUGUCAAUCACAGCGCCCCCUCCACCAGCGCGCCCUGAUUGGCUAAUGCCCCUUUCCUUUCUCUCCGUGCUGAAUCGCGGCGGUGGGUCGAGUCGCCGCCGCUGAUGGUGGUGUCUCCGGUCGGGCACGUUUAACGUUUCACCCCCCUUCAUAUUUACCAUUCAUAUUUAUCGUGCCCCGUUCCGUGUGCGGAAAGUUAAAAAUGGCAGCGGUGGCCCGUCUGGAGGGCCGUGAGUUUGAGUAUGUGAUGAAGAAGCGCUCGGUGACGGUGGGUCGGAACUCGUCGCAGGGCUCGGUGGACGUGAGCAUGGGCCACUCGAGCUUCAUCUCUCGCCGGCACCUGGAGAUCUUCACCGCCGCCGCGGAGGACACGGGCUCGCGACCGGGCGGAGGAGAGUUUUAUCUGCGCUGUCUGGGGAAAAACGGGGUGUUCGUGGACGGGGUGUUUCUGCGGCGCGGGGCGCCACCCCUGCAGCUGCCGAGAGUGUGCACGUUUCGGUUCCCCAGUACGAACAUCAAGAUCACAUUCACUGCGCUGGUGAGCGUCAAGCGUGAGAAGCAGGAGCCGGAGCCUCCGGUGAAAGCGGUUCAGCCACAGAUCUCCCCUUUAACCAUUAACAUCCCCGAUAACAUCGCUCACCUCAUGAGCCCCCUGCCCUCGCCCACUGGCACCAUCAGCGCUGCUAACUCGUGUCCAUCCAGUCCACGCGGUGCGGGAUCGUCCGGCUACAGGCUGGGCAGGAUGGUGCCUGACCUGCAGCUCAUGAAUGAUAACUCUCAGUCUGAGAACGACAAGGAGGCGUCGGAAGGAGACAGUCCAAAGGACGACUCCAAACCCCCGUACUCGUACGCUCAGCUGAUCGUUCAGGCGAUCACGAUGGCGCAGGACAAGCAGCUAACACUAAACGGCAUCUACACACACAUCACCAAGAACUACCCGUACUACAGGACGGCAGACAAGGGCUGGCAGAACUCGAUUCGUCAUAACCUGUCGCUGAAUCGUUACUUCAUCAAAGUCCCACGCUCACAGGAAGAGCCUGGCAAGGGCUCAUUCUGGAGGAUAGACCCGUCAUCUGAGAGCAAACUCGUGGAGCAGGCAUUCAGGAAACGCCGGCCGCGGGGCGUCCCGUGCUUCAGGACCCCGCUGGGACCCCUCUCGUCCAGGAGCGCCCCGGCGUCGCCCAAUCACUCGGGCAUUCUCUCCGCACACUCCAGCGCUGCGCAGACCCCCGACAGCCUAUCACGGGAAGGCUCACCUGUUCCCAUGGAGCCAGAGCCCGCCUCUGCCCCGCCCCCUGCUCCUGUCCAACCCAAACUAGCCAUGAUUCAAGAGGCCCGUUUUACCCAGAACACCACAGCGUCUCCCAUCACCACCCAGCCGGUUCUGAUCGCGGUCCAGCGUUCGUUAACGCAGACAAUCAAACCCGUCACGUACGCUGUGGCCGCCCCCGUCACAUCCUCCACAUCUGCUCAGCCGCUGAUGCAGACGGUGCACGUGGUGCAUCAGAUCCCUGCGGUGGCCGUCAGUACCGUUGGCAGAGCCAGCCUGCAGCCCGCCAUCAAAGCAGAAACGCUGGAGAAUGGAGAGGAGGUCAAAGUGAAGGUAGAGUCAGUCCCUGGCAUCAAUUACGGCUCUAUAGGCUCAGCCAAUAGGAUCAUUCAAAGCAGCACUGCAGCCACGCCCCUCCAGACGGUUACCAUAGUGCAACAAGCCCCAUUGGGCCAUCACCAACUGCCAAUCAAAACCAUCACCCAGAAUGGCACUCAUGUAGUGCCCAUCGCCAUGGCGAUACAGAGCCAGGCUAACGCAGUGUCGAGCCCGUUACACAUGUUGGCUGCUCACGCCUCGGCAUCCGCCUCGCUCCCCACGAAGCGGCAGAACAGAGAAAACGGCAGCGAGCCACCGGAGAGCAAACGAUUGAAAACCGAGGACGAAGAACACGCAGUCACCACCGACCCGAACGGAACCGCCGCGGACACAAACUCCACCAACCAGCACAACUACAGCUCACGGUGCCAAAACUCAAGGCUUGGACAAUAACUCUUUGAACCGAAGCAAAAACGUCAAAGAAGAACCAAAUGCAUAAAAUACUAUCCGUUACUGGCUUUUUCCGCAGCAACCCUUCUGCCUGCUUUCCGUUUUAUCACUCGAACGCCUGAUUGAACAAAAACUCGCACCUCGAAACUCAAGAGCAACUGCCAUCUGGUCCAUAACUGGGCAUUUUAUUACAGACUUCAACAGAUGUUGGAGGCGUUCGAUCGGCUCGGAUUCCGUUGUUUGGGAGUCAUGAUGAUUUUUAGCCAAAACUGGAGGGAAAAAUGCACGCUAUCCCGGAGGUUUUGCGACGUGCGUUGCCCUCCGGAUGUGCAGAUGUUGAUCCCAUCUUGACCUCGGAACCUCGGAAAUUCUAGAACCUCAGGAACUCGUGUGUUGCUCACAGCACACUGAGAAUUCCAGAACUCCCGCUUGCGGAAUCCGGAUUUUUUUUUUUUUGCUGCUGACAGCAGAACACAGGCUUCGAUCCAACAUUCCAAAGUUUGGCAGUCCACUACGGAAGGUGAAAAGCCAAGAGGAUGUCCUGGAAUGCAAUUACACACCAUGAGCCACAAAUAGGUUGUCUUUUUUAAAAUAGUGCAUACUAGGGCUAAACGUGGAGCCAAAGGAAUCAAAAUAUUCCGAAACACAUCCUGAACUUUCGGCAGCUAGCCUGACAGCAUCCCCCACAAUCCCCUGCAGCCAUCGUAGUGGAUAAUAUGCAGUAUUUUGUUGUUCAUACGUGGAGCAUAGGAUCUAGGCGUGUUACGUUUUAAAAAGUAAUAAUAACAAUAUAUAUAAGCAGAAGUGGACAUGGGACGUCCGGACUGUGUCUGUUUUCUGUUUUGUGAAACUAAGCGUAGUUUCUUUUCUAAGAUGGAUUAAAAUGUAUCAAUGGAGUAUUUCCUUCCUAUGUUUUUCCUUUUCUGUUUAUUUUGAAAUCUGAGCAAAGCCGGCUUUGUUACACUGACAUAUUUUCAUACAGGUGCUCGAGUGGACGUGUCAUUUCCAUGUGUAGUCGAACUGUUUUCAUCCAGCUU